UUAAGGAGAAUUUAAUAAGCUUUCCUCUCCAGCUGUAGUUAUGAUCACAAACAAAACAUUAACAUAACAAAAGCGACAAUCCCACCACCCCUUCAAAUCAAGAAAUACUCCUUCAGAAUAUGCAUCCAGGCAUGAAGUGACUCUUAUUUAUCACAGACUCUAAGAGAAAUAGCAACUGAUUUUGCUUUUGUUGCCCUACUGCGGAUUCACAGAGUUCUUUGUGACUCUUCAUAAUGUAUUUUUGGGGAACAAAUUGCAUUGUAGUCUAAAUGCAAACAUAUGUUUCUGUAUAUUAAGCAAGUAUUUUAAUACAUUAUUAUUACUUGAGCUAAUAACAAAUAGUCAUCUGUCAGUGAACUAAAAAGGUACAAAGUUCACAGUAAUUCUUAGAUAGCUUAGUAAUUACCCAGACAGCUUGUUGGAAAAGCUGUUUAAAUCUGGGAUUAUGAAAUACACUGAUGGCUAUUUUACUCCCAUGGAGUUUCAAAAGAUUGUUAGUACAUUUGUCUAUAAUUAUACACAAGUUCUCAGAGUCUUCAUUAAUGAAAUUUAUAUUCUAAGUCAGCAUUGAUACCCCUUAUAAAUUUUAUUGACUUCUUGCCAAACACAUACUUUUCUGUCUUUUCCUCUUCUCAUUCCCCUCUCCACAUUUCUUUGGGGGGAAAAAAAUCACAAAACAGUAUGGUGAUGAUUAAUACUUGAUUUAUUUUUCAACAAAUAUUUGCCAAAUAAAUUUCUUUGGGUUCUGGAAACUUCUUGAGGGAAGAGGGUAUGAAAAGAAGGAAGAGAAAAGAAAUUAACUCUACAAAACCAGAAACUUUAAUAUGUUUUUUUUUUCAUUUUCUAAUUAUUGUUCCUUUAUAUCAUGCCUUUAUGUGUUCCUGCCAACACAUAUACAUGAAUUUACCACAGCAGCUGUGGUAGUUAAUGGACUCUUAAAAGUCAUGUUUGGAUAUAACUAAACAAAUAUGUAUUCGUUCCCUUCUAAUGAAAUUACCCUUAACUGCCAUCUUAAAAAGAAAGCCAGCUCCCGAUUUGUUUAACUAGAUUAUUUUAAAUAACAUAUACAUAUAUAUUGCUUUAGUAUUAACUUUUUAAAAAGACUAUUAGAACAGACUUUACUCUUCUAAGGUUUUAUUUCCGUUCUUAAAAAUACUUAAUUCAGUAUAUUUACAUUUAGCUUUUUCAUUUCCUAAGGUUAUUUGCCGUUGUUUGUCUGCUGUUUACUAAUCCAAAAAUUCCUGUACAUUGCCAUUCUGAUACUAAAUCAUCAUUCAGCCCCGACUUCAGUGUUUCUGUUAUUUCUUUGUCUUUUCAUUUUAAGGUGAUACAUUUUAGAUCAUGAGGCAAACUUAGAUGACCAGAAGUGACAUUAAUUAAAGAAGCAAAAAAGUCUUUUCUGCUUUAGGGUUUGUCUAUACUUACAUAUGAACACUGUUUCCCCUCUGUAAUAUUGUUUCACUACCUGCAAUCUGUUUUCCUUACUGACUCAUCCUGAAGCAGCGUUAUAGUGUAGCCAACAUUUUCUUUUCCUGGGCAUGGAUAUAAUUGGAUGAAGACGUGUGUCGAGUAGAGUAGACUGAGUAUUAGCAGAUAAUUCUCAGUUUUGAAAGGCAUAUGUAAUCAAGUUUAUAGAAUGGGAUAAAAAUGUCAUGAGCUAGAAUUUAGUGGUAAUUUUCUAUAUAACAUCUUUGACCCAUAGAACUGAGUUUUCACAUCCUUUUAAAUCAGACAGAACUGUGCUCAUUAAAUUUAAUUCUGACUAAAUUUUGUGGCUUUAUUUUCUAGGAUGUAUCCAUUCAGUAUAUUUUUUCUGAUUCCUUCUUGGGAGGUAAAGCUUCACAAAUCAAGUAACUCCAUUGUUACAGUCAUAUUUAUUAUUAUUGUCAUUAUUAGCUCCAAUUAUUGCUAUGAUACUAAUAGCAAUUAUAGUAUUAAAUACUGCAAGAUAUUUGAGCUUAAAGCUGUAAUAAUAGACCACCAGAUCUUCACAACAUGGUAUUUGGUUUCUGUUUUAACUGUGGACUCAGUGAUGCUGGCUGAUUGAGCUGUGCCACUUCAAAGAAACAUCACAGAAAUUUACACUGAAAAGAUAAAUAAGGGUGUGAUGCCAGUAAGAGAGCUUAGACGUGUAGAUCAUGAGAAAAAAGCCAAACUAAGCUAGGAACAGAUUCCUGCCUCAACUCCCUCGCAGAAUGAAGCAGGGUAAAAAUAGUUUUUCAGGAGAGUACUUUGGUGUGGUAUACACAUACAUUCCACUAAGAAACUCUUGGGAAGUCUUACAUUGUAAUGUUGACCCAGAAAGCAGCUCUUUCAUGUGUUAGUCUUAUAAUUCUAAAUUCUAUGUCUUGUGGUAAAUUAUUAUGCCUUGUAAAUUAGGAUGCCAAUAAAAAGUGGUUGUAUUAUAUCUAUUCAGCACUUCCUACAUGGAAAACCCUAGAAAUCAAUGUAUCCGUUCUUCCUAAACACAAAUCUGUUAACUAGCACCAUCCCAACACCUCAGUGAAACAAAGUGGUUGGGAUGGCUACUGCUAAUAGAAAAAUGGUUCUCUCUUGGGGAAAUUUUUUCCUGGUUUCACAGGGUGUUUACUAACAGUAAUCAUUUCAGCAUGUAAAUUGUAUCCUUUCUUUCAUUUAAAGGUUUUAGCAGGAACACUAAUCUGAGCACUAGGAAUUAAUUUAGGCUUUCGUGGGAUAUUUGUUGAAUUGAAUUUACACAGCUCCUUCUAUUUCCUUAUGAGCUAGAUAAAAUGCAGUUUGUAUAUAUUAAUAUUAGAUUAAUAUGAACAAUAAAAUACCUUGAAUGUGCCUUUGAUUUUAAAGUACCUCUCUGUUUGCAUCCUUCCAACAUUUUUUCUGGGCUUCAGGCUGCUGAAUUAGGCUGCUGUGUCUUCAGUCAGCAAAAUUCCAUUGCUGUAUCUGUCUACGUGAGAUACAACACUUUAUUCUAGAGAGGAAGAGUUUUCAAGUUGUUCUCCUAUUUCUCUUGCCAACAACUCUGCUUCCCUUUGUUUUAUGUAGCUUUGGGAAUGAUUGAGUAAAAGGAUUUCCUUUGAAAAUUAGUAUAUGAUUUCAGUGUUUUGAUAUAUUUCUUACAAUGAUUUUCUCUACUAUUAACAAAAGACCAUAAAAAUUAUAAACUUGUAAGAAAAUGUUCCUGAUACAGGUUUUUUGCAGAAACCUCUCUCCUCAGAAUAAAAUUAGUGAUGUAUGUUAUUGUGUGGUAUGUUUUCUCACAUUCUGUCUCUGUGUUUGAAACUGGUAAAUUCUCCAGAAUUUCCCCUCAUAGCUUGCAUGUGGUUUUUAAAAUCAUCUUUUCUUUACUCAUACACCCUCAGGUUUUUGGAUUUUUUGAAAAUUUCUCUCUUCCCCCUUUCUAUUUAUUUAUAUAUAUGUACACACACACAUACAUAGGGACAGAUAUAUGUGUAGUCAGAAUAUUUUUUUCUGAACUGUAUGUGAGGAAGUUAUUGACAGGAUGCACUGUUAACACUAAAAACUUCAGUGCACAUUUUGUAAAGACAAAUAUAUUCUCUUUUAUAACCAUAAUGUGGUUAUCAAAAUCAGGAAAUUAACAAUAAUAUUUUUAUUUAAUCUGUAGACCUUAUUCAAAUGUCAUCAGUUUUCCCAUUAAUAUCUUUUAUAGCAAAAGGAACAAAAAAACACUAUUGUCCAGGUUCCAAAGUAAGAACAUGAAUUACAUUUCAGGUCUCAAGUCUCCUUUAAUCUGGACAAAUCCUAAUCUUUGUUUUUCAUGAUAUUGACAUUUUUUUAAAGAAUAGAGGCCAUUUAUUUUGGAAGAUAUUCUUUCAAUUCAGUGUUUUUUGAUGUUUCGUCAUAAGUAGGUUAUUGUACAUUUUUGGCAGGAACAUCACAAAAGUGGUGUUUUGUCCUCGGUGAUUAGAUCGAGACGCAUGGUGUCUCUUUGUCACAUUAUUAGUGAUAAUAACUAAAAGUCAUUAUCCUCAGACUUUUAUUUAUUUUUUACAAGCUUAUUGAAGUAUAAUUGACAUAAAAUAAACUGUACACAGUUACCUCCAGUUUUUAAUUUAACUGGUGAGUAAAGUUAAUGACCUUAGAGGGUAGUCUUACAAAUUCUCUUUGAAUUAUAGGAACUUUAAGAAAUGUCAGGGCCAUGUGAUGGCCUGGUUUGGCAACAAAGUCAAGGUCUCAGCAUCAGAGGAGCCCAGGAGGAGGACCCUCCCGACCCCCAGCUAAUGAGACUGGACAAUAUGCUUUUGGCAGAAGGGGUUUCAGGUCCUGAGAAAGGUGGGGGAUCGGCGGCAGCAGCUGCAGCCGCGGCAGCCUCUGGAGGUUCUUCAGAUAACUCUAUUGAACACUCAGAUUACAGAGCCAAAUUGACCCAGAUCAGACAAAUCUAUCACACAGAACUGGAGAAAUAUGAACAGGCAUGUAAUGAAUUCACUACACAUGUGAUGAACCUUCUCCGAGAGCAGAGUAGAACACGUCCCAUUUCCCCAAAAGAAAUUGAAAGAAUGGUGGGCAUCAUCCAUCGAAAAUUUAGUUCCAUUCAGAUGCAGCUCAAACAAAGCACUUGUGAAGCAGUUAUGAUUUUAAGAUCAAGGUUCCUUGAUGCCAGACGAAAAAGGCGUAACUUCAGUAAACAGGCCACCGAAAUCUUGAAUGAAUAUUUUUACUCACACCUCAGUAACCCCUACCCCAGUGAAGAAGCCAAAGAGGAGCUGGCCAAGAAAUGCAGCAUCACAGUGUCACAGGUAUCCAACUGGUUUGGCAACAAACGAAUCAGGUACAAGAAGAAUAUCGGCAAGUUUCAGGAAGAAGCCAACCUCUAUGCCGCAAAGACAGCCGUGACCGCCGCGCACGCAGUAGCCGCAGCUGUGCAGAACAACCAGACCAAUUCGCCCACCACACCAAAUUCUGGUUCUUCUGGUUCUUUUAACCUCCCAAAUUCUGGGGACAUGUUCAUGAACAUGCAGAGUCUGAAUGGGGAUUCUUACCAAGGGUCCCAAGUCGGAGCCAAUGUGCAAUCACAGGUGGAUACCCUCCGUCAUGUUAUCAAUCAGACGGGAGGCUACAGUGAUGGCCUUGGAGGAAACUCACUGUACAGUCCACAUAACCUAAAUGCGAAUGGAGGCUGGCAGGACGCAACAACUCCAUCUUCUGUGACUUCCCCUACAGAAGGCCCGGGAAGUGUGCACUCUGAUACCUCUAACUAAUCUCUGGCAACACUUUUCCCCGAGCUGACAUGCCUUGCUAAGUGCAUCCAGAGCAAUAGGAGGAAAAGGAGAGCGUUUUGUAGCCCACCAUCUACAGCUUUACUGUAAAACCUUGUCUUAUUAAAGAGAACUUGGUAAAUCAGUUUUUUAAAGGAAUCAUAAUCAUUUGUAUUUAUACUUAAAAACACACAAUGUUAAAAAAGCACUUUAUCCAAUUAGGCCAAGAUUUAACAUUGUUGACAGUCCUGUAGCUAUUUUAUCAUAAUUUAUUAUCAAUAUUUUACAUUAACGGUUUCACAGUUGCCAAUUACUUGGCCUUAAGGGUAAAAAGUACAAUAUAUGCUAAACCUCAAUCGUUAGAGCAGAUGCAAAGAUUCACCUCACCUAAAUUGAAUUUCUUGCAUUUUUCCAUCGCGGACUUUGAUUGUCUUCCUUUCAUAUCGUAUCGCUAAUGGGGUUGGAAUAAAGGAGCUGUUUGGCUAUCUCUGUUAACGAUGGUUUGUUUAAGAAUCUUCCUUGUCACGUUUGCGUUUCGAUCUCUUACGUUAUAAUUAGAUCAGAGACUGGUAGCAUCUUUUCUCUCUCUGGAAGCACCAGUGCCCAGAGUCUGCUCGGUAAUUAAAUUCUGGAUCCAGAUUGUUCUGAGAGAUGAAGAUCCUUGCUGCUGAUAGAGGUGAACACGAGAUCCGUCUGGGGCUGUACGGCGUGCACUGGGUGCUGCACAGGCUUGUCAAGGUUUGCUACGUCCUCUGGGCAUCCACAAAGGCCCUGCUCUCUGGAGUGUUGUAUAUAGUGUAGCAAAAGAGUAUUUAUACAUCUCACCAAUCAAAACACAGCUUUAUUACCUCAUGCGAACUCAUACAAACCAAUAGAAUUUCCACAUGUUCUGUAGCUUAGAGUGUGCUCACUUACUACCUCUGAACAAUACUCACGCUGUAGUUCGUCUCUUUCUUACCUUUUUGCAUCUUGUAAUUAACUCUUUGUUUCCCUUCACAAAAUGUAAUGUACAUUGUAAUCUUUUAAAAGAAAAAUCAGGGUUGCAUUUGCAACUUUUAAAAAACCAAGAGUGGAAACAUCGGGUCUUCAAUUAACACAGGAUCAGUAAAACCGUUGUAAAUACCGAGAAAGCAUUUUGAAUGUUCUUCAUCUUGUUACUAAUCCAUGCAAAAAAGAAAAAAGAAAAAAAAAACGCGGCUAAUUGUGAUGCAUUCAGAUUUCAGUAUUCAGUACUGUAUAUUUCACCCUGUGUAAUGGGGCCCCUCCCUCUUCUUUCUCUCUUUUUGUAUUGUAUGCGAUUCUGAAACUGAUUGAGUCAUGAAAAUAAUUUGUGGCGGUGAUUCUAAUGUAUUAAAAAUGUUUCGUGUUCCUUUCUAACUGGAUUACACCCUGGAUUGAAAAAGUCUUCCUCGUGGUAGCUAUAUGUAGUUUCAAACAUGAAUAAACUUUUUGCUUUCAUGAUUAAA